AUGAUGCAGCUCUCUCAAAUUUUAAGUUUAUUCGGUGCUGGCAUUGGCGUUGUAACAGUUGUUUUGGGCAUUGUGGCCCUUGCUACUCCAAGUUGGAUUAUUUUAGCUGCUCCACCGGCGAUAAACUCUACUUAUAGUCUGUUUCAACGUUGCAAUGAAUCUUCAGUUCCACAAUUAGCCGGUAUAGUAGGAUGCGCGAAACUGAAUGGCUUCCAAACACCUCAGGGCCUUACGAUUAGUGGUGUUAUCAUCGUUGUGCUCGGUAUUGCUAGUUCAAUUCUUCUAGGCAUGUUGGACACUAACAGAUAUAUUAAAUAUGUGCCACACUUUCUACUCGUAACUGGGCCCACUCUUAUCCUCAUCGGAGUUCUCUUUUAUGUAAAGAAUGUGCUAGCGAAUUUUACUGCAGGCUCAACUAAGCUAGAUUUGGGCUACAGUUUCAUUUUGAUUGUGAUUACCUGUAUUAUCGGCUACAUUUCUUCGGCUUAUUUUGGAUUCGUCACUGGUCUUGCCGAGGGUUAUUAUCGUGCAGGUCUUACCAGUCAUUCACAUAAUUGA